AUGGGAUGUUACACAUCUGUUUCUACUACUCCUAUUGUUAUCCACUCACCCACAUUCGACAACAUUUUCAAUCAACCCAUUACAUCUUUGUUUGAAUUCCAAUCCACUGAUCUACCUAUCACUCAUGAAGAAGAGGAAGCUCAGAAUGAUGAUGAAAAUGAGUUCGAUGGUACUUUUUCAAAUAUCGAGUUUGAUCCGGAAGAGGAAAACAUUUUGGAUAACAUGUUACUUACCAGGAAGCAAUUUAGAAUUCUUAACAAAAAGCUUAAUUCCCUUUUGCAAAUUCAAGAUGGUGGUGGGAAUAAACAUUCUGUUUCAAGUCUCGAAGUUGAUAUUAUGCUAAAGCGUCAAGAAAAUAGAGUUCAUGAAGCUAUUUUUGACAUUAAUCGAAAUAACGAGAAACAAGUGAAGGCACAGUCAUCGAAUUUUGCUUAUGAUCUCAAAGAAUUAAAGGUUGUGGCAAAGGAGAGACAUAUCUUGUUUAUUCAAGAUGUGAAGAAAGUUCGUGAAGAUGUAAAUUUCAAACUUCAAGAACUAAGGAAGAUAUGGGAAAAGAGGUUGCCGUUUUACGACAAGAUUAUUCAUCUCUUCAUCAGAAAGUUGAUAUCAUAG